GAGACCUCUUCGAUAUGCUACUUCCGAUGCUUUCGAUAUACCAGGAGUAUGUGCGCAAUCAUCACUACUCUCUGCAAGUGCUCGCUGAAUGUAAACAGCGAGACAAGUUUGCUAACAUUCUACAGAGACUCGAAGAGAAAACGGUUCUCCAAGGUCGAACUUUGGAGACCUUCUUGACCUACCCAAUGCACCAGGUGCCGCGUUACAUCAUCACGUUGCAUGAGCUGCUCGCGCAUACCCCGCACAAUCACGUGGAGCGGCGCAGCCUCGAAAAUGCUCGCGCCAAACUCGAAGAACUCUCAAGGCAAAUGCACGAUGAAGUUAGCGAGACCGAGAACAUCCGGAAGAAUCUCGCAAUAGAGAGAAUGAUCAUCGGAGGAUGCGAUAUUCUCCUCGACGUUAACCAGGUGUUCAUUCGCCAGGGCAAUGUCAUACAGGCAGCGGCGGUGGACAAAUCGCGGCGCGCCCGCAUCGUCUCGAAAGGAAGCGAUCAGGUUCGCCAGUGUUACCUUUUUACUAAUCACAUGCUACUAUGCAACAGGACAUCCGCUGGAAAGCUACACCUCAUAGAAGGCAUAGGCAAAAUACCCUUGGCAGAUGCGACGCUUAUAGAGGAUCCGAACGAGCAGUUCCAAUUCAUGAUCGACGAGGCAGAAGGAUCCAUUUGCUCGGCCAUGGCGAGCAAUAGCGAUAGCCUAUCGAACCUGAAUCAACCGAACCCAACAACAAACGGUCAAGAAAAAGACUACGGAGGUUUAGACUUCAAGAUUAUCGUCGAUUUCAAAACCGGUCCUGCCAUCACAAUUCAUCUGGUGGCUCCCACAAUGCAGGAGAAAGCCGCUUGGACAUCAGACAUCUCACAGUGCAUCGACAACGUGCACUUCAACGAUCUGUUCCACGGAACCCUGAGCGACGCGUCCUCAAUCACGAUGCCUCACUCGAUAAGGAACGACCCCCGCCUGUUCAAGGACGAUGUAGACAUCCGCUUCAGUCGAACCCUGAACUCCUGCAAGCUUCCUCAGAUCAGAUAUGCCAGUCCGGAACGGCUGUUUGAGAGACUCACCGACCUGCGUUUCCUAUCGAUUGACUUCCUGAACACCUUCUUGCUGACGUACCGAGUGUUCGCUACCGGUGUCAUGGUGCUCGAGGCUCUUAAAAAGGUCCACUACCAGCCCGAGCUACAGAACAACUGCGACGAAGCCGCCGCAUUGUUGGGCGAUAAUCAUCCACAGACUCAGCAAGGCCCGGACAAUGAUGUUCUUACAGGAAUGCUGGGUGCCGAGUACGAUUACUCAAGACGAAUCAGCACGGCCAGCAUGAGCAGCGAGAGCGGAGCCGAUAACAUCGACGCGGCGUCAGUCCACCGUGGGUCCACUGCCUCUUCCAAUGACAUGCAUUCCAUCACGAAAAUGUCUGUGCAGUCAACCGCACAUUGGCGGUUGAGCCACCGGAAAUUCGAAGAAGAAUCGCCCUCGAAGCGAAAGCUUAGCGAAAGCCUGGCUGACAAGCCUAUCGAUGAGGCGAUCGAGGAGAAUUCAUCCCUCAGUAGGUAUGAUGAUGGGAGCAUCCUCCAAAUGCGUGUUCCAGGAUCGAGCGCAGCAAGAACCGAACCCGAGGAGAAGAAAGAAGCAACGCACGCACCAAUAGCGGUCAGCGAAUCCCUGAGCGAUGCCGCUUCAAUAGCCGAGCAGAUCACGCCAAUUGCAGAAUACGACGCGGGCGGGACUAGCUGCGUCAUCAUAAGGAACGAACUCGACCCGAAAAACCGAUCGAUUGACUACAUUUCGCAGCAGCAUUUCCAACCACUUCAACAGCUGCAGCAGCAUGCUAACGACUCCGCUCUUAACAACAACAAUCAGAGUAGCUUAGCGAGUGGUCAGACCGCACGGCAGACAGCGACGACUUACACGGCGGUCGCCACAACACCUGCAUCAAGCACGAACACGGCCUACACUGCUGUACUUGGCACAACAAUCACAACAAUAUCAGCGACGAUUACGACAACAGCUGUGGUGACUGCUAGUGCAACAAUAUUCACGACCACAGCAACGGCUGCGGCGUCCAGUGCCGCCGCCGCUGCUGCGACAGCGCAAUCCUCAAGGAUGGCGCGCGUCAUCAACCCCAUAACUUCGAGCCAGUCUUCUCCGAACGUCAUGAGUUAUCUCCGCGUUCGGGGUGCUCAGGGCAAGCGUGGGAGUUACGAUACGGACACAAGUUCCCCGAGCGUCACACCCAGGGGGAGCUUCCAGACCGAGUCGGCUAUCUUGUCGACGCCGAGGAGCAGCUUCGCGUAUUCAGACAGCCCGACGCACAAUUCACGUGCAGGCGUCAUCGUCACGUGCUCGAGAGCAUCCGCAAGGCGAUCGUCUACUGCGUCGGCCGCGGCCGCAUUCGCCGCGGCUACAGCGGGCUCCUCGAACCCACCCGAGCCUGCGAUUCCGCCCGUCGUCACCGGAAACAUGUCGCAGCCGCCAUCACGUGUCGGGAGCCGACUCCCGUCGCAGGUGGGUGGGGAUUUGAAGAUUCCCAAUCUGGGACCGAAUGCAACCAAAGAGCAGCUGAACGCAUACAUGCUGCACGCAAAGAGGGAGAGCAUGAUAUCCACCGCAGCAACCAUGAGAGUACUCAACGUCCUUCGUCACUGGGUGUCCAAACACUCCCAGGACUUCGAAAACGAUCCGCGACUACACUUGAUGACCACCGAGUUCCUCGAAGAGCUCGUACACAGCCCAAAUCUUCUACCGGCUGAACACAAGGCUGCCGCACAGCUUCUGCAGAUGAUGUCCAAACAAGACAACGACAAGACGAAUGUUGACUUGGAUAUUUUGUUGGCCCCGCACAUGACGCCCAGCAAGGAAAACGUCGAAAGUCUAUCGGCUCUAGAGAUCGCCGAGGGCAUGACUUAUCUCGACCACAGGAUCUUCGUUGCUAUUCGGAGCGAAGAGUUCCUGGGUCAGGCGUGGAUGAAACCGGAAAAAUCCAUCAAAGCACCGCAUAUCUUGCUGAUGACGCGACGUUUCAACGACGUCAGCCGUCUCGUAGUGUCGGAGAUCAUGCGGUGCCCCGAAAUGUCGAAGCGAGUGUCCAUUAUCGAAAAAUGGGCUGCGGUGGCCGACAUCUGCCGGUGUCUUCAUAACCUCAACGGCGUCCUUCAGAUUUGCGCCGCUUUCGUGAAUUCAUCGGUGUUUCGCUUGAAGAAAACCUGGGAACGUGUAUCAAAGACUACAAGACAAACUAUAGACAAACUUCAAGCCCUCAUUUCGGCGGACGGUCGUUUCCGGAAUAUGCGAGAUGCCCUGCAUCGCUGCGACCCACCUUGUAUACCCUAUCUAGGCAUGUACCUAACGGACCUGUCAUUCAUCGAAGAGGGCACCCCUAAUUUCACCGAAGAUGGACUGCUCAAUUUCUCAAAGAUGCGAAUGAUCGCACACGUGAUUCGUGAAAUUAGACACUUCCAGCAGACACCCUACAAGAUUGAACAAGUUCCUAAAGUGUUCAACUACCUGCUGGACCCGGGCCGACUGAUGCCCGAUGAGGAGCUCUACAGGCUUUCUCUUUGUCUCGAACCGCGACUGUCUAGGUUAGGCACAAAAUUACCCACGACGUCGCAAGUAACCUCCACCACGCAAGUGACCACACAGAACACGUACACAACCACAACCACAACCUACGCCAAAUCCCUCUCACCGACGCAACACCAGCAACAACAGCAUUGA